CAAGGUUUCACUUCUUAGAUUUAGGUUAGGUCAAGAGAGAUGAAUGAGAAUCGUGGGCUGAAUCCCGUAAAUAAACUUGAAGAAUGAAUAUGAUUUUAUUGAUGAGUUGAAAGAUGAUGAAUACAAAGGAAUGUAUCUUGUGAUGAUCAAAGAAUACGUAAUGCUUUUAAUCUAGUACAAAAGUUCAUCCAUGAAAAAAAAGAGAGCCCUUGUCUUUUAUCUUCUCCAUCUUUAUAUAGUCUAGGUUUCGUUGGCAACCCUUCAACUGUUCUCCUAGAUAUUUGGCUUCAAUUACGGAGCUCGCUUUAGGCUCCUCUUGACCGAGUCUCUUAAGGUGUUAGCUCACUUUCUGUCGUGACCUCUGCUAUGAUGUCUCCCAGGUCCAGUCGUCAGCUCGGCUUUCAGCUCCCUUUGUUAUGAUGGGCUUAUCGCAACCCACAUGCUAGCUCACGCUUAUCGGUACCUCACCUGAGGGUCAUAUUCGGGUCCAACAGUUGCCCCCAGCUUCCGAAUAAAAUCCUUUGUCUCGGAAGCUAGAAUCUAGCUAUCGAUCUUAUCUUUUCGUUAAGAUAAUGAUUAGUUCUUAUCCUAUUUAGAUUCAGCUUACUCGAUCUAACGGUCUUUAUUACGUUUGGCAGAAUCUAUGGUUCAGAUGGAGAGGGUUUGAAAUGACUUUUCCGAAUCUCGAGAGGUGAUGGGAUAUAAAGCGGUGAACAUUAACUGCUAGCCUUCCACUUUCUCCACGCCUCCGUUCGGUUUUCAAGAAAUCGAAGAUCCCCCGAAGCUCUCUACCAAGCUCACCAGGGCUCUAUACCGCAAGUUGCAACAGAGUCCCUGUACCUGGGUGGCCUACACCACUUCUCGAAUAAGUGCAGCCAGAUUCCCAGAUACCUACAACGCCUCUUUCCAAGAUCCCAUUCCUGCUGAGAACCUUGAGAGUGAGUUCUUGUCCGAACCUUUUCAAUGAUUUUAUCGCUUUGAAGUUUUUAAACUUAAGGAUUUCCAUUGUUCCAGUUUCGGCAGGCGAUUCGGUUGUAUCGAUCUCAACUGGUGCUAGUGCUUCGGGAACUGAAAAGUCUCAGCCAGGUGACAUGACUCUGCGACCGUCAUUCCGUUCUAGGGGUAACCCCUCUAAAGCUGCCAGUGCUUCUCGUGGAAGCGACAGGAACCAAGGAGGAUCGUUCCUUAUCUCAAUGAAGGAAGUUUUGGACGACGGAGGAUCCAAACCUGUUGUCGAGACUACUCCAACUGAGGUUGUAGCUCAGGAUGCUGCUCCUCUCCCUGAGGUCCAGGUGCCGGAGGCUGACUACCAGGCUCCGAAGGGUACCUCUGAGAUCGAGCCGUCGAGACACAAGAGGCCCAGGAUCGAUCAGGGCGGGGCUUCCAUCCGUUCUUCUUCCUCGUCCUCUAGAGGAGGGACUGUUGGGUGGAGCUUUACCCAUUCGAAGCCUGGGUCGAUCCUGGAUGACUCUUGGGGCCUAGCUGCGAUAAUGAGGCACCUGAAGAGCGUGGGAUGUCCCCUUCCAGCGCUCAAGGACCUGACUAACCGAGAUGAGUAUCUCGAUAUUGCCCACUGUAUGGGUCAGUUGGCUGGGGCUGUUAACAGGGCCCAGCUCAGGUUUGAGAAUGCUCUGUGUGCUGCCCCCAAUGCUGGUGAACUUGCUGAGGUUACCGAGAUGGUUAAGGCAGCCAAAACCGAUCUUGACCAAGCCCGGGUUCGAAUUUCUGAACUCGAAGCCGAAGUGACGAGGCUAGGCUCGAAGGCCGAUGCUCAGCAAGGAGAGAUCGAGAGUCAAAAGCUCGAUAUCCAGGUGAAGAGCAGGAGGAUCAAUGAUUUAGAGGCUGCUCGAAAGAUAGCUGAGCAUCAAGUACGUGAGCUCAUUGCCUCAUCCCGGGAUAGCCAGAAGAACAAGGAAGCUGAAGUCAAGCUGGCUGUCAGGGAAGGGAAGAAAGAAGUCGCCGAAGCUUACGGCAAGAUCCUGGUCUGUGUUAAGGAGAAGUUUGCUAGGAAGAAAGAUGAGGUCGACGCUUUGGUGUACGCUCAGGAGCUCCAAGCUAAUGCCGACCUCUUGAAGGAUAUGCUGAACAACAAGAUCCAAAGCGUUGAAGAGGAGUACAACCAAUUGGUGGCCUUAUUACCAGAAGCGACAACUGCGUAUGAGAAGGCUCAAGUCUCUGACUUCUCGGUCAGCAAGCUUCCUCUUCCCCAGAUCUCGGAGAGUUCAGGUACUUUCGAGAUUAACAUGUUUAAUCCAUCCUUUUCUGGGGAGUAUGGCUCUAAUUUGGGUUUGAUGGCUCCUGACUUAGCUCCAGUCGAGGCAGCAAUAGGAGGUGACGGCAAUGUGGUCGAUGAGGGAGUUCCUGCCGGUGCUGGUGAUCCGAUUCAGGAAGAGAAGGAAGAUUGAGAGCUACGGCUCUUUUAACUUUAUGUUUUGUGUUUUUAAGACUUCGGCCUAAGGGCUUUGUUUCGUUAUGUUUUGUGACUUAGUGCCUGAGGAGGCCUUUAAACCUUAACGCUUGCUGGAUUUCAAUAGCCUGGGGAGGUUUUUAAACCCUUUCUUAUGUUUAAAUCGUGGCUAUUAUUUCUGUUUUAAGUUUUUGAACUUAACCUCGUUUCAUUUAAUCAUAGUGAUUGCGAAUCUCA